AUGGCUCUCAUUGUCGACAAGCAUCGGCCUCGCUCACUCGAUGCCCUCACCUACCACCCUGAACUCACAGACCGGUUACGGUCCCUAGCACAAAGCGGCGACUUCCCACAUUUACUAGUUUACGGCCCAUCCGGAGCCGGCAAGAAGACACGCAUUGUGUCUACCCUGAAGGAGUUGUACGGGCCCGGCGUGGAGAAGAUCAAAAUCGAUGCCCGCGUAUUCCAGACAACCAGCAACCGCAAGCUCGAGUUCAACAUUGUCGCCUCUGUGUACCAUCUUGAAAUCACGCCGUCGGAUGUGGGCAACUAUGACCGAGUCGUGGUGCAGGAUCUACUGAAGGAGGUGGCACAGACGCAGCAGGUCGACCAGUCAGCAAAGCAGCGCUUCAAGGUCGUUGUAAUCAACGAGGCCGACCACCUGACACGCGAUGCGCAGGCCGCUCUUCGCCGGACGAUGGAGAAAUACUCGCCCAACCUGCGCCUCAUCCUCCUGGCGACAUCGACCGCCAACAUCAUCGCGCCCAUCCGGUCCCGUACACUGCUGGUCCGUGUGGCCGCACCAACACACGAGGAGAUUUGUAACGUGUUGGCGGCAUCGGGCAAGCGCGAGAACUGGCCUGUGCUGAACGGCUUGCACCAGCGGAUUGCCGAGUCCAGUGGGCGCAAUCUGCGGCGAGCGUUGCUUAUGUAUGAGGCGGUUCACGCGCAAAAUGAGAAAAUCACAGACAACACACCAAUCCCGCCGCCCGACUGGGAGGCACUCAUUGGCCACAUUGCCAAGGAGAUUAUGGACGAGCACACCCCACAGCGCAUCCUGCAAGUUCGGGCGAAGCUCUACGAUCUGCUGACACACUGUAUCCCGCCAACGACCAUCCUGCGGACGUUGACGUUCAAACUGGUGGCGCUGAUCGACGACGACCUGAAGCCCGAGGUGAUCAGGUGGUCGGCGUUCUAUGAGCACCGCAUCAAGACGGGCACCAAGGUGAUCUUCCACCUCGAGGCGUUUGUUGCCAAGUUCAUGCGGAUAUUCGAGAUGUAUCUCAUGAGCAUGGACAUGUGA